CACGUUCAUGCUGUAUUUCAGAGUUAUCUGUGGUAUUUCUGUGUUUAUUGCGGGAAGCGUUGUGAUGUGUUAUAUUAUUAAUCUAUUUAUUUAAUGUUUAAAUAAGCUAAAAACUAGUUAAUUUGUGAAAAAGAGUAUCAAAGACACCCUUACUAUAUGUAAUCAAGAGUUGAAACUUUCUUAAUGUAGUGAAUUGUGGUUAGAACUUUCGUUUUACUCGUGGUUGUGCAGCCCUUCCUAACAAUUUCUAUAAAAGGUUUUUUUAGAACUCGGUUUGUUUAAUAAUAUGAUGCCCAUAGCUGGGACCGUGCCUCCGGUUCAUAGCUCGGCAAAUAUGUCUCAAAACACUUCACAAAGCAACAACUCCCUUACUCCAACCAGUGGUUCUAAUAAAUCCAGCAGUAAUGUGAAACCGAAUUAUGCACUAAAGUUUACCCUUGCGGGACACACCAAGGCAGUUUCUUCAGUUAAAUUCAGUCCCAAUGGAGAAUGGCUUGCGAGUUCCUCUGCAGAUAAGCUCAUAAAAAUUUGGGGAGCUUAUGAUGGCAAAUUUGAAAAAACUAUAAGUGGACAUAAGUUAGGUAUUAGUGAUGUAGCAUGGUCGAGUGACAGUCGACUUUUAGUGUCAGCAAGUGAUGACAAAACAUUAAAAAUAUGGGAACUUGUGUCCGGCAAAUGUCUGAAGACUCUAAAGGGGCACAGCAAUUAUGUUUUCUGUUGUAACUUUAAUCCCCAGUCAAACCUGAUUGUUUCUGGCUCUUUCGAUGAAUCAGUAAGAAUAUGGGAUGUGCGUACUGGUAAAUGUUUGAAAACAUUACCCGCCCAUUCUGAUCCUGUCAGUGCUGUGCACUUCAACAGGGAUGGUUCGUUGAUCGUAAGCAGCAGCUACGAUGGUCUAUGUCGAAUAUGGGACACUGCUUCUGGCCAGUGUUUAAAAACACUAAUCGACGAUGACAAUCCUCCAGUCUCCUUUGUUAAGUUCUCGCCCAAUGGCAAAUAUAUCCUAGCAGCCACUUUGGAUAACACUUUGAAGUUGUGGGAUUACGCAAAGGGGAAAUGUUUGAAAACUUAUCAAGGCCAUAAAAACGAGAAAUAUUGCAUUUUUGCGAAUUUUUCAGUCACUGGCGGUAAAUGGAUUGUGAGUGGGUCCGAGGAUAACAUGGUUUAUAUUUGGAACCUCCAGACGAAAGAAAUUGUACAAAAACUUCAGGGGCAUACUGAUGUUGUACUUUGUACUACUUGCCAUCCUACCGAAAAUAUAAUUGCUUCUGCCGCAUUAGAAAACGACAAAACUAUAAAACUUUGGAAAAGCGAUACUUAGAUUAAUUUACUUUUAAUAAGAAUAUUUUUAUACUACUUGUACAGUUUUUUGUUUUCCUUUAAUUUAAAGCUAGAAUUUAGGUACUUUGAAUUGCAUCUAACAUGUGAAUUUUAACAUAACUUUUUUCCUUGUAAUGAAUAGAUUUUUUCAUUAAUUUUUAAGUAUUUUUAUAUAGAAAUUUCCACACAAUUUCAAACAUCUUCAUGUCAACUGAAAUAAAAUUGACUUCUAAAUAAAA